AUCAACGCGGGGUCUGGGGGAGUUAGGCGGGGUCUGCACACGCUGGUGCUUGUGGGUAAAGCAGUUGCUGCCACACCAGAGCGAUCCAUUUUGCUUCGCUUGUCUUGAAAGCUGAGCUCGGAUCCUUUUCGCAGCCAUUAGCUUCGACUAGCUGCAUAACAAGUUUUGCAUAUUCGCCAUUCUUGACACCUAAAAUGGAGACUGAUCAGCAAGACAUCAAAUAUAACAGCCCAGAGACCAACGGUAGUAGUCUUAGCCCUGGUUCUUGCAAACGUCCUGCUGAGGACCAUGAUGGAGAACAAGCCUUUAAGAGGUCUCGGAAUAACGACCAGUGUGUGGAACUACGGCUCCUGUUGCAGAGUAAGAAUGCUGGUGCAGUAAUUGGAAAAGGUGGCAAAAAUAUCAAGUCAUUGCGUACAGACUACAAUGCCAGUGUAUCAGUCCCAGACAGCAGUGGCCCCGAGCGCAUAUUGAGUAUAAAUGCGGAUAUUGAAACAAUUGGUGAUAUAUUAUCGAAGAUCAUCCCAACUUUGGAAGAGACCUUACAGUAUCAACACUAUAAAGGAAAGGAUUUUGACUGUGAACUGAGAAUGCUGGUUCAUCAGAGCCAGGCUGGAAGCAUCAUUGGUGUCAAGGGAGUAAAGAUAAAAGAGCUAAGAGAAAGCACACAAACAACUAUUAAGCUUUUCCAGGAAUGUUGUCCUCAUUCAACUGAUAGAGUAGUUCUGCUUGGUGGUAAGCCUGACAGAGUGGUCGAGUGCAUCAAGAUUAUCCUAGGACUAUUGGCAGAGUCUCCUGUCAAAGGACGUGCACAGCCAUAUGACCCAAAUUUCUAUGAUGAAACCUACGAUUAUGGCGGCUUUACAAUGAUGUUUGAUGACAGAGGAAGACGUCCUGUUCCCUUUCAAAUGCGUGGCAGAGGUGGACCCCAUCCUCCAUCACCUGGAUAUGAGCGCAGGGGUCCCAUGGGAAUUUCAGGCAGAGGCCGUCCCAUGCCCCCACCCAGAAGAGAUGCUUAUGAUGACAUGAGCCCACCAACCCGUAGGGGUCCACCACCUCUGCCUCGUGCUGGAAGAGGUGGCAGAGGCCGUAUUCUCCCUCCCCCACCUCCACCCAGAGGUGACCGUACUCUCUAUGGCAGGAACAGAAUGAAUGAUCGCUAUGAUGGAAUGGGUGCAUCUGGAUAUGGCAGCCGUGGUGGAUAUGGAGAUUUGGGAGGUCCAAUCAUUACUACACAAGUCACAAUCCCCAAAGAUCUGGCUGGUUCUAUAAUUGGUAAAGGAGGUCAGAGAAUUAAGCAAAUCCGCCAUGAAUCUGGAGCGUCCAUUAAGAUUGAUGAACCCCUUGAAGGCUCUGAGGAUCGUAUAAUCACCAUUACAGGCACACAGGACCAGAUCCAGAAUGCACAGUAUCUGCUGCAGAACAGUGCAGCUACAGCAGCCGCUUUGCGCCCUUAAGCUGACCCGUGCGUUCAGAUACCGCAGCUCCACACGAGAAAAGUGUGAGGCAGUACUCUGGGCACUUCUUGUAAAACAAAAAAGCGGAGAAGAUUGAAGGAAUACAUCAAUGCUUUUUUGUCACUGCUUUUGUUUGAAGAGCCAACAUUCCUCUGCUUACAUAGAUCACACUGGGAGCAUAGAUCAUAUUCUGCUUUUCAUCAUUUGUCAUGUUUUAAUUAGUGAACCUUAGCACAGCUUAGACAGUUUAAAAUUUUCCAACAGUGACAGUGGAUUCUGGGUUUUAUGUUUUGUUCUAAAUGUUUCAGUGGUUUAUUGUAUUUUCCUGUAAUAUGGUAACAUUAAGAUGUACACUGUUUAUGGACAAUAGUACUGGUAGUUUAAAUGUGCCAGAUCCAUUCAGUAAAUGUGCAGAAUGCAAUCUUGUUUUGUAAGGAACAUUUUAUGGUUUUUAAAAUAAACUAGGUAAACUAAA